AUGACCGUUAUAGAGACUCCUGCUCAAUGGGCCGUGAAGUGGAAUGGUAUAGGGAGAAGUAACAAUCCUGCUCAUAACUAUGCCUUUUCGUGGCGAGGUGCUGGUAUUUCUGCGAAAGAGAAAGCAAAAUUGAUUUCAAAGAUUGAAUCGCAAUCGGCUGAUGACGUAUAUGAGGCUCUACUUGCUCGACCAGGUCCACGCGUGAGCUAUUAUGGGACCUGCGCGGUUGGAAUAGUCCACGGAACGCCUACAUUUUGGGUUGAAGGAAUGUAUGGAUCUGUAGGACAUUCCGGUUAUCCGAAAAAUCCUGAUUCCGGCGAUGCAACAGGACAUUUAGACGCAUGCUAUAAUGAGCAUCGAAUAACAGGCCUUUGCUCCUAUUCAGAUGUAGCAGAACGAGCAAAACAGACGCUCCUUUAUGCUGUUAAGAAUGAUGUUUGCACCAAUUACUACAAUUUGAAACAGUUACUUGGAACAACAUCUGAAAACUUGUCCGAGUAUCCUCAACAAGUAGAAGAGAGAGAAAACGUUCAAAGUCGUGCUGCUAAAUUUCUUUCUGCAGUUGGUCUCCGAAUUCCACCGACCGGCACAGGCGAUAAAUGGAUCACUUUGUGUGAAGUACAAGCACGCAUUCGAUAUUCUGGCUUCAAAGCAAAAUCGGACACACGGACAUGUACAAGAACUGUCAAUGGUGAAAUCAAAGAAGUGCGAGUCAAAGUUAAAGAAAGUUGGGGUUGUGCAUAUCAUACAGAAACAUAUGCAUCGGGUACAAGUCUUAAAUACAAGAAUAGUGUCUCUCGUCAAUAUGAUGAUGGUAUAAAGUUGGCAAUAGAUUCGCGAGAUAAACUAGCUGCUGAUUAUUUGGAAACAAUGAAGUAUCGACAUUUGGAGAGUCUUGAUGUGGCUACUAAUCAAGAUACAGCUAGAUUAACUGCAACGGCGACAAGCCAGGCCUUCUGGGGACCAGGUGGUAAUUGCAACCUUGCGCUGGAAGGACGUGUCAAUGAACUUUACUAA